AUAGCUACUGCAUUCUUGCUGGGAGUCACACUUUUCCUACGUCGUUCCUCUUGCGCUACUGAAGCACGACUGAAAGACACCUUUAUGGCUUCUCCCGAACCAACGACGACGAUUCGGGGAUGGCUGCGGAUACUCCUCGGGCACUGCAUGCCAGUUAUCGUCGCCCCCAUGUUCCUUAUCGAGGAUGAGAGGCUAUGGUGUGUGGGCGUCUUCCUGUGGAUGGUCACCUGGGAUCUCUUGGAGACAGUCCCUACAGCCAUGGCCUCCAUGCUUCCUUUUCUUCUAUUUCCACUCCUCGAUGUAGUGGACGUCGAGGAGCUUGCCCAGGCGAGCAUGUCGGACAACUUAAUCCUGAUCCACUUGGGCACCGGCAUCCUGAUCGCCUCCACGGAAGAUACACCUCUCUCCACCCGUCUGUCCCUCUACCUGCUCGACACUUUCGGCUGUAGCAUGCGAGCCAUCAUCUUAGGCCUAACAGUCACCACCUUCCUCAGUACCCAGUUCUUCAUGGGCGGAGCCACGACGGUGUUCAUGUCCUCCGUGGUCGAAACCACGGUGUUCGAACUGGAACAUGACAUAAUCACCGCUACUAUGGCAAAGGCGGUUCAACAGCGGCAGCGUACGGUGAGGACCACUCUGGAGGAAGACUGCAUCUUGACACCGAUCAGCGUGGUCUUCAUCUCUCCGAGGACGUCGACGACGGCGUCCGGAGCGCCGUCGCUGAGUACAGCCGAUCCCGUGUCAAGGACACUGUUGGAUGUAACGCGAGGGAGGAGUUCGUCGGCUCUAGUGGACACAACCUUUUCCUCCGAUACUCCUGUAGAUCCUAGACUACAAGGAAGUGAGAGCGGGACGUCAGAGCACAAGGCCGAAGUGGAUGUGGAUCCAAGUACUGCCAAGCCCAGCAAAAAGCGAAAUUCGAUCCUCAGACGGCCCAGCGUUGCCAAGCUGAUCGCGGUUGAGUCCGAACGCUUUCAACAGAUCAAGAAAGCUCUCCUGAUCAACAUCGCUUACUGCGCUAGCGUGAGCGGUCUGGCGAAUAUUCCGAGUAGCAUGUCGGGGAUCUUUCUGCGAGACCAUCUGCGCUAUGAAUAUGGCUGGGACGACUUCUCUUUCAUAUCGUGGAUGGCAGUCGGUCUCCCCAUUGCAUCUGCAUCAGUUGUUGUCAUCUCAUGCCUCAUGUAUUUCUGUUACCUCAAACAGCACGAAUUGAAAGAAACCGCAAUGUCUGAGGAAAACAUCUUAGAGGUGAUCAAGAGAAAAAGGCAAUUUCUAGGUCACUUCAGGUUGAAAGAAUGCGUUAUCUUGGUAGCCAUCAUGGCUCUAGUCAUUAUCUGGAUAUUUCGAAAAAGCAACGACUACUUCAUAGGCUGGGAAAAAUACCUCGGCAUCAAGGACACCCACGAGGUGACGCUAGUGUUCAUGGUCAUUGUGUUGCUCUCAUUCAUUCCCGAGAAGGUGACUUCGUCUCCCAUUAUUCCAUGGCGGUAUGCCUCCAGAAGGAUUCCAUGGCGAUCCGUUCUCACCAUCGCUGGGGGACUCUCUGUGGUCGAAUUGCUACAUAACAAGGGAAUCUCAUGGUUAGUGAUACAGAAAUUGAUGCAACUGCCCGACUUGACGCCAUUGGCAGCGCAAAUUGGUCUCUUGGUCGCUUCGUCCUUCAUAACUGAGCUGCAGGGCGAAGCUGUGGUGGCCAAGCUGCUUGUUCCCAUCGCAUCUCACCUAGCCGUCUUGACCAACGUGCAUCCACUGUACUAUGCCCUCCCUGUAGCCAUGGCGUCCUGCACAUCGGCGCUGUUUUCUGCGCCGGGAGCUACCAUUGGUAUCGUCGCCGCUGCUGCAGGCAUCCACACAGCAGAUGUGUUGCAAGUGGCCAUGACAAUGAAGUUCUUCUCUCUGCUGUUCAUCAUCACAGGCGUGAACAUCAUCGGCAACGAUGUGUUCAAGUGGGGUGUGAUUCCGGUAUGGGCCACAAACAACACUUCGCGGGUCGUGACGCCUCGUUCUCACCGCGCCCAAUCAGCGUCUAUCUCGUGACAACCACCCGCCCUCUAUCUCUACUACUAGCACUUGUUACCGUGUGAGGGUUGACUUCUGCGUGCCCACGUUGUCACGCUUUUGUUAAUUAUAUUAGUCCUGUGUAGGUAACGUUGCACGAAUAUAUCGUUUGAUCUGUGCCACGAAACCACAAUGAAAUAUAGUCUGUUCUAUACAUU